UUCAAGGCCAGGGGAGGGGCGGAGUGCCCCGAGGCGCAGAGCUCGACCCUGAGCAGAGCCGGCGCGGUGCUGCCCCCUGAUGACUGGGAAUGGUGGUCAUUAGCCGGCGGCCUCAGGGACGUCCCGCGCGCAGAGACUCGUCAGUCGUCGAGAGAGCUUCGCCCCCGGAUCGUCGGCGCGUAGUCGGGGACCACCAUACCCUCCCCAGAAGGACUUCCGAGCACCGGGACCAGAAGAGGACCCGCUCCGCGAUCCAAGGAACGCGCGCCGACGGAAAUUUUACACGGAAAAUUCACGAACUUUCCCAAAGAAGAGCGAACGAAAGAGUCCUCCGUACUUCCCUGCUGGUGGAAUCUCCGUGGACGCAUUCGAAACUUCCCGAGUUCGGUGUGCCGUCGUGAAACAUUCUGAAAAACAUGCACGUGGACGGAGAGAAAAAGAAAAAUAUCUGCGUUCCAGAUUAGAUAUACGGCGUUGAACGUUCGUUAAUGUUCGAAAUGUCCGGCAGGGGGGUGCUGGACUGGCACAGCUGCCUGUACGUGGCGCUGCUGGCGCUACUGUGCUACUGCCUCGCCAACUACGCGCGGGCGGUGCUGCUGGUGCUGAGGCUGCCCGGGCCGCCGGCCAGGCCCCUGCUCGGCCACACGCUGCUGCUCAUCGAGCACGCCGCGCUCAUAGACCUGGGCAAGAAUGUGUACCAGACUUUCGGGCCGCUCGUGAAGAUAUGGUUCACCAUCUUCCCCGCUGUGCUGGUGGUCACUCCGGAGUACAUCCAGCCUAUAUUAAGCAGCAACAAACACACGGAAAAGAACCUAUUCUACAAGUUACUCCACAGUUUCCUGGGCGAUGGACUGAUAACAAGCAGUGGUGACAAGUGGAGGUCGCACCGCCGCCUGAUGCAGCCCACCUUCAGCCUCAGCACGCUGGAGCGGUUCAUCGUGGCGUUCGACGAGAGCUCGCGCAGACUGGCGCGGCGGUUCAAGGACACGUCGGGCCCCGUCAACAUCACGUCCUUCAUCAACAACGCCGUGCUGGAGGUGCUCAACGAUACCGUGCUGGGGGUUCUCCCAGACGACAGCCUGCACUCGGCGCCGGAGAAGUCUCCCUUCAGGCAGGGCAAAGUCACCGCCACGUACCGAGUGCUGCGGCCGUGGCUCAUGUUCAACUGGCUGUACAGCCUCACCGACGUCGCGCGCAGGGAGACGGACAACCAGAACAGUCUCUUCAACUUCACGAGAAAAGUAGUCCAGAGACGCAAGGAAGAAAGAGAAAAAAUGAAGAAGGCUGGAAUAAUCGGUAACAAAGGCUCGGCCAGCAAGCGAGUGCACUUGGUGGAUCAGCUGAUCGACAUCUCGGAGACCAACAGCAGCUUCGACGAGGAAGCGGUGAUCCACGAACUGUGUACGCUGAUGCUGGCGGGCCAGGAGUCGGUGGCCACGGCGGUGACGUACUGCCUGUUCCUGCUGGCCAAGCACCCGGACAGCUUGCGCGAGGUGCGGCGGGAGCUGGAGGAGGUGCUGGAAGGGAGCGCGGGGCGGGCCCCCUCCAUGCAGCAGCUGCGGCGCAUGCGCUACCUCGAGCAGUGCCUCAAGGAGACCCUGCGGCUGUACCCCAGCGUGCCCCUGGUGGCGCGCAAGCUGUCCGAGGACCUCGUGCUGGGGAAGCACACGCUGCCGGCUGGCUGCGACGUCCUGAUAACGCCGUUCGCGACCCACAGGAUAGCGGACAUCUACCCCGAUCCCGAGAGGUUCGACCCGGACAGGUUCCUGCCGGGCAAGGUGGAGCAGAGGCACCCGUACGCCUACCUCCCCUUCAGCGCCGGUCCGAGGAACUGUAUAGGCCACAAGUUCGCCAUGCUGGAGAUGAAGAGCAUGGUGUCGACGGUGGUGCGGAACUUCGACCUGUCGCUGGUCCCGGGCAAGGAGAACCUCAACAUCGUGUACCGCAUCACCAUACGCUCCCGCGGGGGCGUGUGGCUGCAGUUCACGCCGCGGCAGACCGGCGCGGCCGAUCUGUAGCACCUGGUGCAGCCGAUCUGCACCAACCUGGAGUAGUCGAUCUGCACCAACCUGGAGUAGUCGAUCUGCACCAAACUGGAGUGGUCGUUCCGCACCAACCUGGAAUGGUCGAUUCGCACCAACCUGCAGUGGUUGAUCCGCACCAACCUGCAGUGGUCGAUCCGCACCAACCUAGAGUGGUCGAUCCGCACUAACUGCAGUGGUUGAUCCGCACCAACCUAGAGUGGUCGAUCCGCACCAAACUGGAAUCUGCAGAUCUGCAGCACCAACAGCAGGGUCCUCGGACUGGGCCUCUAGCCGCGGUGACAAGACGUGGUGAAGAUCGUUCCGGACUUUACCGAGUUUCUUCUCGGCCUACGCGACAGACCCCCAUGGAACGUGGUUCUUCAAUCGACCCACUCGCCAUGUGCGGAACUGUUUCCUCGUCGCUUGCCUUGCUCGUGGUUGCUGGUCACUGCAAGUUUCUGAUGUGUUGCUGCAAGAUUGUACAAUCUCCAGCAAGCCCAACACAGCUUUCAACACUUCGCGCGACCAGCGACUAACUACCAAAAUGCCUUCUCUCGAAUGAGAUUAAACCUUCCCGAAGAAGUGGUUAUUCCGACUGUAGAAAACAAAACAGAACUGCCUCAACUGAUGAUCUUUCUACCCAUUGCCAGAGUUAAAAAAAAAUAUUAUUGUAUGUAGUUUCAAAACACAUCCCAAGCGAUGUACGAUUCAUACAGCUGUAAUCGACAUAAAUCUUUAUCCCUCAAUUUCGUGAAUUUUAACACGGCUUUAAAUCACUCUUUCAUAGCUUGUCCUGGAGUUACUCUAGUCCUUUCGCCGCCCGCACAUUAACUUCUGAUCGCACCAUUACUAGUCGUGUUUUUUUUUUAAGGAUCUUGCCAUGAUGGAAUGUGCUGGAGUGAGGUGUUUGAAUUUGAAGGGCUGUGUUGUUAUGUUGUAGAAAUCCUAGAGUUUUUCUGACAAUCAUGUUACAACCCGGGAAAGGCGUUCAUACGCGAUUUCACGCUUAAUUCCCAAAUAUAUUUAAAAUACUUUUCUAGUGUAGUGCAUUUCCAGCAAACAUUUUUUUUAUAGUGGACAACUGUUGCAACUACAGCAAAAUGACUUCCUAUAAAACAAUUCCUGGUUCAUAACACUUAUCGCAGAAGUAAUAUAUACAAAUGUUCAAUCUUUAAAGAAACGUUACAGGAGAUAAGUUUUGCGUGAAAGUCGCCGUAGCUCAUCUAAAUUCAGAUAAAUGACAACAAAUCGAAAAUUAUUUUACGUUCUUAAGUUGUUGGCAGUCGCCUCAUGACUUGUGUUGCUGUGCAUUAUGCUCGUGUGAUUUACACGAUGUAAACAACACAUAAAACAACUUAUACUUACAAUAUCUUUAUUAUUUACUACAUUUAAUUUUCUUGGAACUAAAAUAUGACGAUUUUCCAGUAUUCACCAUGGGAAUCAGGAAAGAAUACAUACACAAUCAGUGCAAGAUGCAAUACUUGACAUAAAACAAUACAUUCUCUUUCCGAAUACAUACCGCCUUAAAGAACCCUUUUAGCUUGAAUGUUCUUUGCAAAGAGACCUUCCGAACAGUAGAAGAAUCGCCUAUGCAGCAUUUCGUGAAAGAAUGAGUCGUUCGCGUUCUUCCGUGCAUUCUUGUGGCCUUUAAGGGGUUUGUGACACUAUCUUAGAGUAAAAAUGUUAAUGAUGGUCAGUUGCUUAGCCAGACAAAUGCUUUCUUCGAUCUUUAUUGUUUAACUUUGACUGUAGAAUGAUUUUGUAAAAAAAUCGGCAACUCUCUAAAAAUAGACGAUGAAAAAUUUGUAAAUGCCAGCAAUUACCUGCCGAAAAAUAUCUAUAUUUUUUUCUAUUGAUACGCCAGAUUGUUUUGGCAUCACUGAAUCACAGAAUGCAGCCUUGCGAUUAAAGGAUUUUUUUUUGGUUAAGACUGUAUCGGUAAAGGACUCAUCCUUAAAUUUCGGAAAUCAUCACUUGGGAAUAUGGGAUCAUUCUUCUGGGAGCACUGGGUCGUCGUAGCCCCCAGAAAUUUGACUCAAGCUGAAGACGUGUGAAUUGUAACCAAUGUCGUAAAGCAACAACAAUGCUUUACUAAACGCAGAGGAACCUACGAUGAUCUGGUAUGUCGAGACCAAAUAUUUAUAGUUUUCCAGAUUUAUCAGAAGAGCAAUUUCAUUAGAGCGGCAUUACUCAUAAAAUGGUACCAAAUAUGAUCCAUUAAACAUUUUAAGCAUGUCAUAGGUAAAGCUUCAGUUAUUUUCAACUCUUAUUCAGGGUUUAGAUACUCAGGGUUAAUUAGCAAUUUGGUUGAAAAGAAUUUUAUAGUAUUUAAUUAACAAAUAAUGUAAAAUAGAGGGGUUUUGAAUUGAUUUAGGUCUUUAACUUUAGCCACAAAUAUUCUCUUACAGCCAGUGAACAGCGCAUAGUGACACAAUCGUUAUUAUAAUCGUGUUCUUGGUUUCCAUCUUUGGUCAUAAAAUCUCUGCUUAAAAAUUACUAUACAGUGUUGCCUAAGUUUUCUUGGAUUCUCUUAUUACACAGCAAUCUUCUGUGAUUUUUAUUUAUGGAAAACCAUAAUACCACAAUUUUUUUUUGCGAAGUGAAUAUUAUAUGUGUAACACAUGGUAUAUUUGAAUUAUGUUGUAAGUCCUGUGUUGCAAAUUUUAACUGGAAGUAAAAAACAUUAUUCCAAAAGCGUUAGUUAUAGAACUCAUUCGUAAAUAACAUGUAACUUUUAUGUUAUUAAAUAUUUUUCCAAUAUA